AUGGCUUUCAUUAACCCGAAACGAAUGGGCACUUACACAUUGACACCAGCGGGAACUUCUAUUGCAACGGAUGAUUCAAAUGUUGGGCAACAGAUGCUUAGAAAAAUGGGUUGGUCUCCACAGUCUGGCCUCGGGAAGAAUGGCAAUGGUGCUGUAGAGCCCGUCAAGGCUUCAUGCAAUUAUGGUAGAAAGGGGUUAGGUAAAGUUCCCACUCAGUUCUCCACUGGCAUGGUUCAGCAAUCAGUCUUUAACACUAUCCUUCAAUCUCUCACUAAACACAAAUCCUCUGUUGGACCUGGGAAGAAAACCAAAUUGGAGGAUAAAUCUAAACAAAGCCAGUCACGAGUUCAUUAUGGGAAGUUUGUUCGAGCAAAGGACGUUUCCCAGUAUUCACAGAAAUCGCUUAAGAUCAUUCUAGGUGGACCAGUUGGUAGAACGCAAAACUCUCCAGAACACGGCAUCGCUCCCUCACCCCCAGAGAAUAACUGGCCGAGAGAUGCAUCGAUUAAGCAGGAAUUUGGUGUUAAGACGUACUCCAGCUCCACUGAUAUGGCUAGUUACUUUUCUUUGAAGAGAAGAGCCGUAAAGUCAGACACUGAGGGGUUGGAAGCGAGAAAGCGUGCACGUCUUACGCCUCCGAAUGACGAAGACAAAGAGGGGAAACCGACUUUUGAGGAUCAAAUAGAAGCUACAGAGGGGCACACUCGACGUAAGAUGACCCGACUUUGUUUAACAUUAUUUUCCCUAGAGCAAAGCACUGCCUUCUCAUCUUCAAAUGUGCACUCUCUCUCCGGUUACCCCUUCUACUAA